CGGACUUUUCGGAAACUGAAUGGUGAUUACCCCGUAUUUUGUUUCCUCAUUCUGACUCGACCUGUUUCUUUAAAACUUCAUCGCAGUGCCAACCCCAUAGCUCUUAGGUGCACUUUGAACAAUGCUGAGGCCUGGUUUCGCUCGAUCAGCCACUCUCGCUAGGAAUCGGACAAGUGCCGAACUCACUGGUUCAAAACGUUUCAUCUCUCGGACGAUAAAACCAUCAGCUGCUGCUGUUCCUAAUAUCCGUCCUACACCAGCACCAAGUUUUAACCCAGCACCACCAUCACAAAAUGCUCCGUCGCCCUUGGCACCUGCACAACAACCAACCCUUGACCAUUCCUUCGUCGGUCUGUCGGGGGGCGAAAUAUUCCAUGAAAUGAUGCGCCGGCAUGGUGUCAAGCAAGUCUUUGGAUAUCCUGGAGGGGCCAUUCUCCCCGUUUUCGAUGCCAUUUACAACUCGAAGCAUUUCCAUUUCGUGUUGCCAAGACACGAACAAGGUGCCGGGCAUAUGGCAGAAGGUUAUGCUCGCGUUUCGGGGAAGCCGGGAGUUGUGCUGGUGACCUCUGGCCCAGGUGCCACAAAUGUUGUCACCCCAAUGCAGGACGCCUUGAGUGAUGGUGUUCCUCUCGUCGUUUUCUGCGGCCAAGUAGCAACGUCGGCUAUUGGCUCUGAUGCUUUCCAGGAGGCAGAUGUGGUCGGUAUCUCAAGAAGUUGCACAAAGUGGAACGUGAUGGUUAAAGACAUUUCGGAACUUCCACGACGUAUUAAUGAAGCUUUUAAAAUUGCCGUUUCGGGCAGACCUGGCCCUGUCCUAGUUGAUUUGCCGAAGGAUGUCACGGCUGGCAUCCUACGCACGCCUCUUCCUUUCAAAUCCACUACUCCUGGCGCUCACCUCGGCCUCCCCGAAAACCCCGUCGUCUCGCACACGACCGAUCACGAGUUAAUCAAGCAAGCAGCCGAUCUCAUUAACCAGGCACAACGCCCUCUCGUUUAUGCAGGGAAUGGUAUUCUCUCGUCACCACAGGGACCUGAGCUUCUGCGGCAGCUUGCUCAGGAGGGAAAUAUUCCCGUUACUACCACUCUACAAGGGAUCGGAGCCUUCGACGAACUCGAUGAUAAAAGUUUGCAUAUGCUAGGUAUGCACGGCAGUGCAUAUGCCAAUUUGGCGAUGCAGGAUGCCGAUGUCAUUAUCGCCCUUGGUGCACGCUUCGAUGAUCGUGUGACAGGGAAAAUCAGCACCUUCGCGCCAAAAGCGCGUGCCGCAGCUUUAGCUGGGAAAGGUGGCAUCAUCCACUUCGAAAUCAUGCCCAAAAAUGUCAACAAAGUUGUUGACGCCCAGAUCCCUAUCCUUGGAGAUGUUGUUUCAAAUCUCACACACCUCGUUCCUUUGAUCCGUCCUUCGCCGCGUACGGCGUGGUUUAAUGACAUUCGUGAAUGGAAGGCCAAAUACCCCUUUACCUAUACCCCAUCGAAGCCUGGAGCACGUCUGAAACCCCAAGAGGUUAUCGAGGAAAUGGACAGACAAACGACGACGUACAAGGAGGACGUCGUCAUUUCUACUGGUGUUGGGCAGCAUCAGAUGUGGGCCGCACAACACUUCCGAUGGCGGUACCCUCGUUCGAUGGUGACAAGUGGUGGUUUGGGUACUAUGGGCUUCGGGCUACCGUCUGCAAUUGGAGCCAAGGUCGCCGCUCCGAAUAAGACUGUCAUCGAUGUUGAUGGGGAUGCUUCAUUCAGUAUGACAGCGAUGGAGCUGGCCACCGCUUCGCAAUACAACAUUGGAGUCAAGGUUCUCGUUCUGAACAAUGAGUUCCAGGGAAUGGUCGUGCAAUGGCAAGAUUUGUUCUACGACGCACGUUACUCACACACCCAGAUGAUAAACCCCGACUUUGUGCUACUUGCAAAGGCGAUGGGCGUGCACGCCAUACGGUGUUCGAAGAAGGAAGAUUUACCGAAAGCCAUGGCCGAAUUUCUCUCAUACGAUGGUUCGAGGCCCAUCUUGCUAGAGUGCGAAGUUGAGCCGAGUGAACAUGUUUUCCCAAUGGUCCCUGCCGGCAAGGCACUACAUGAACAACUCCUGCAUCCGGAUUUAGCUGGCGACAAGCCGGCCUCACACUGAGUUUCUAUUUUUUAUGUUAUACCAUUUCCCUUUGCUGCACCUAUUAUUCAUCUUUCGUUCUUUCGUUGACUUUACGCUUAUAUGUAUAUGUACCUAGUUAGAUGCCUAAAAGCGUCCAGUUGAGGCGCAAGUUGAAUGGAUUCAAGGGAAAUACACCACUCGAGAUCUGUCCAAUGACAUGAAAGUGGGAAGACAAGGGGUGGUUGUGAAAAGCAGGAGCGAAAUAAAUAAAUAAGUGGCCGCCUGCACACAUAGUGGAUUCCCCAAUUGGAGGUGUUGC